AUGCCAUUAAUUUUGGAGAGGAAAGCCUCAUCUGGAGAACCUGUGAAAGUUCUUGUUUAUGAUUCAGUCCUGCAUUAUGUCUGUGAUGUUUCAAAAAAGUUUGGCAUUCAAUCAGCUGCUUUCUUUACACAUUGUGCUACAACUUGUACUAUUUUUUAUCAACUGCAUGAUGGGACACUUAAAUCUCCAUUGCAAGAUGAACCAGCUGAGACCAUAUCACUGUCUUCAGUGCCCUGUGAGUUGAAGCCAAAAGAUUUGCCUUCUCUGAUUUAUGACCCGGGAUCUUACCCAUCUCUUCUGAGGGCCACCCUUAAUCAAAGUUUGAACUUUCACCAUGCUGAUUGGAUCUUUCUCAACUCUUUUGACUCCCUUGAACUUCAGGCAGUCAGCUGGAUGGCAAGUUACUGCCCAAAUGUCAAAACAAUAGGGCCAACUAUUCCAUCAAUAUACCUUGAUAAAAGCCUCAAGGAUGACAAAGAUUAUGGACUCUCUCUCUUCAACCCAGAGACUCACGCUUGCAAGCAAUGGCUCGACACAAAAGCGAAAGGCGCAGUGGCUUAUGCAUCAUUCGGAAGCAUGGCAAGUCUUUCCGGAGAGCAAAUGGAAGAAAUAGCAUGGGGUUUUGCAAACAGCCGAUGUUAUUUCCUGUGGGUAGUUCGAGCUUCAGAGGAGAGUAAACUGCCCAAAAAUUUCGCGGCCCAAGUGGGCGAAAAAGGACUAAUUGUGAAAUGGUGCUCUCAACUCGAAGUCUUGGCUCAUGAUGCGGUAGGUUGUUUCUUAACUCAUUGUGGCUGGAAUUCUACUGUCGAAGCGCUGAGCUUGGGAGUGCCAAUGGUGGUUCUGCCACAAUGGAAUGAUCAACCGACAAAUGCGAAGUUGAUUGUUGAUGUUUGGCAAACAGGACUGAGACUUGAGGCUGGUGAAGAUGGAAUAGUGAGAAGGGAUGAAGUGGAGAUCGGAAUAAGAGAAGCCAUUGUUGGAGAUGGAGCAGUUGAGCUCAAGAAGAAUGCUGCAAAAUGGAAGGACUUGGCUAAGGAAGCGAUGAGUGAGGGAGGAAGUUCUUAUAAAAACAUUGAGCAAUUUGUUUCAUCAAUCGGUACCAAGUAA